AUGGCUUCUUCAAUAUUCUACAAAUUCAAAUCUCAGAAAGCCGAGUCUCGGGUGACCUUCGACGGUACGGGAAUAUCAGUGUUCGACCUCAAAAGAGAGAUCAUCCUAGCCAACAAUCUGGGUAAGGCGAAUGACUUUGAUCUGUUCGUCUUCGAUGCCGAUACAAACCAAGAGUACAAGGAUGACUCGCACAUAAUUCCUCGGUCGUCUUCGGUCGUCGUCAAGCGGAUGCCUGCCAUUAAACCCGGCAAAGGCAGAGCUGGCAUGUAUAUUGCAGGAGCAAAUUCCCAGCAUCCAACCUCGGAUGCUGUCCAACGGCCCGGUGCAAACACCCACAACGCCUGGCAUAGAGGUGCUAUGUCCAAGCGCUUCGAUGGUAAAGAGGAAGCAACAACGUCAACUCCCCCCAAACCCGCGACCCCUGUCUUCGUCAAGAACAAUAUCACCAAGGAGGAUGAGGCCGCAGCUAUGGCGGCCAUGUUCCAAGCACAAACCGCCAAUUGGGAAGAAACCCAGGAAAAGAUGUCACAUGCGACCAAAAUUUACACUAAUCCGCGUGGUACUGGCUUCCCCUCGCGCGGAGGCAAGCCGUUCACCGCGCCCCAGAAUGACCGGCCUCUGCCCCCGAGCUACGUGUGCUAUCGAUGUGGACAGAAAGGACACUGGAUUCAGGAUUGUCCGACUAACAACGAUCGGGAAUUCGACAACCGUCCUCGUAUAAAGCGCACGACUGGUAUUCCCCGAAGUAUGCUCAAAGCUGUUGAGAACCCGAAUGCCGGGCAGAACGUCAUGGUCACUCCCGAAGGAGGUUAUGUCGUCGCCCAACCCGACCUGGCAUCAUGGCAGAAACGAGUAACACGACCGAAAGGUUUGACCGUAGCGGAAGUUCGCGAGAAGGCUCCAACAGACUCCUCCCUCGCCUGUCCCAUUGAUAGUAAGCUAUUCCGCGACGCCGUAAAGACGCCGUGCUGCGCAAAAGUCUACUGCGAAGAAUGUAUACAAACGCAUCUCCUCGAACGCGACUUCAUGUGUCCCAAUUGCGACAAGAAAGUGGCUUCACUCGACAAACUUGCGCCUGACCAGGCCAUGCGGACGAAGGUUACUGAGUAUAUUGACCGUGCUAUCGAAGAGAGCAAGAAAGUGGAAGGCGAGGGAGAUGGUAAAACAGCAUCAGACCCUCAGGCAUCAAACCCAGAGGCGACGAAUCUUGACCAGGAUCUAUAUUCUGAGCAACAACCUGGCGGCGAAAUGGACAUGUCGCAGGCCAUCACCGCGAGCAUUCCCCAACUCCAAGCCCAGAUUGCCCAGAUCUCCGUCAUGCUCCAAAACCCCUCCCUCCCGGCGCACGUCCGCCAAACCACCGAAAUGCAGUACCAGCAGCUACAGAUGGAGCUCUCGCAUGCGCAGACUUUCCAGACGGCACUAGCGGUGGCUACGUCGAUGCAACAGGAGCAGCAGCAGCAAUUGCAGGCGGCGCAGAAUAUGCUGCAGCAAGGCGGGUAUCAAAAUUGGAACAACCAAUAUCAGAAUCAGCAAGCUAUGGGGCAGGACUCGGCGUAUCAGAGGUUACCUGUCAAUAAUAGACGGAGGGGAAUCAAGCGGGAGAGACCGUCGGACUUUUUGGAGGUGGCGGGCGAUGAGAAGAUGCCUCGCUAUUGGGAGUGA